UGUUUGAUACUUAUUGAGGAUUUCUGCUAAAAAACUCAUUACAAUCAAUUUUUUAAAAAAUAAGACAGUGAUACACAGAACUAAAUAGUUGAAUCAGUUCUUCUCAAAGGAAUUAUAUUGACUUAUAAAUGCUGGCAUAAAAUAGUACAUCUCUCUGUGUGUGUCUAAUCAAACCAUCCAGUUGAAGUCCACCUGAGUUGUUAGGUCUUGAUUAAAAAACUUAGAAACUAUGAAUAUUCAUUUGCAUCAAGUUCCUCCCAGCAUCUUGUUGAUGACAGUGGAGGAAAUUUAGAGAGUAAAAUACUUAUAGCUUUGGUGGGUUUGUUGAGUAAAAAGCCAUUCUACUGUCCUCAGCAUAUGUACGUUUGACUGGGAAGGUUGGGAUUGAUUGGGCAUGAGCACACAUUCUAGAGAAGAGUGCUGCAGGGAAUCUUUGAUCCAAACAGUGCUUACAAAAGGUACAGUCAAUGUAUGGGUUUAUGGGGAAUGCAGUGUUAUACAUGUUAUGAAGAUUAGUAUAAUCCUGAAUGAGCACCAUAAAAUACAUAUAUUUCAUUUAAUGUUCAUAUUUGAUUAUUGGGUUUUUUUUGUUUGGGAAUACGCAUAUUCUGUCUACAUUUCAACAAGUACUUACAUCUACUGUGUUCCUAGUUGCUUGCACAGUAAGCGCAAUUUUCCCACUUCUUCUCUUGUGUUCAGUACAAACAAAAUAACAAGAAGAAGCAACUCAACGUUUUCUAUUUUUUUCUGGCAUUUGUAUGAUGUAAUUGUCAGUAUUUACACCCUUGAAAAUCUUUAUCAUCAUUAAAUUAUGCUAAAAUAUGUUAGGAUACUCUAUAUAAUACUAAAAGAGGAUGAAAGUUUGACCGUCUGUUAGCACCAUAGUAUCAGGACAUGAGAUCUAGAAAACUGAAACUUGGCGUGCAUGCUAAGGGGACCGUAGGAGUGAACACCUUAACUGAGCAAGGAGUUGGGCCAAUUCAGUUAUUGACCCAUUCAUACUCUACUGUUCUGUAAUUCCAUGCAGUUUUUUUCCUGACACAUCCAUCAGUGAUAAUUUAAAUAUUGUCAAAUAAUGUCUGUUUGGUUGAAACCGGCAAUAAGAUCUCUAGCCACCGGCAGACAGUUUUGCAGUCCAUUGCAGUUUGAAGCUAGGGGUGGGUAAGAAUAGGAUUUAGUCAUUUUGAUAAGAAUUUGCCGACAUUUGCAAAGUUCUCCACCUAAAAGAAUGAAGUUGAGAUUUUAAAAAUUCAGAGUAAGAGUAAAUGAAAGUAACAGAUUCACAUACCUCUGUUUAAGGCUAAGGGAUAUUAGCAGGUCAGAAGACUGAGUUAUAAAAGUGCCUUUCUUCCCUGAUGUGGAGCAACCCAUCCUCAGUAAUGAGGCUGACCAAGCCUACCUUGUUCACCAAUAUCCCUGUGACCUGUGAAGAGAGAGAUUUGCCAGGAGAUCUAUUUAACCAUUUAAUGAAAGAUGAUCCUUCUACUGUAAAAGGAGCAGAAACUUUAAUGCUUGGAGAAAUGUUGACUUUGCCUCAGAACUUUGGAAAUAUAUUCUUAGGGGAGACGUUUUCGAGUUACAUUAGUGUACAUAAUGACAGUCACCAGGUGGUAAAAGACAUCUUGGUAAAGGCUGAUCUACAAACAAGUUCACAGCGUUUAAACCUUUCAGCCUCAAGUGCUGCAGUGGCAGAACUCAAACAAGACUGUUGCAUCGAUGAUGUAAUUCACCAUGAAGUAAAGGAAAUAGGAACACACAUUUUAGUGUGUGCAGUAAGUUAUACUACACAAACCGGUGAGAAGAUGUAUUUCAGAAAAUUCUUCAAAUUUCAGGUCCUCAAACCACUAGAUGUGAAAACUAAAUUCUACAAUGCUGAGAGUGACCUCAGUUCUGUGACUGAUGAAGUCUUUCUGGAAGCUCAGAUUCAAAAUAUCACUACUUCUCCAAUGUUUAUGGAGAAGGUGUCCUUGGAACCAUCUAUUAUGUACAAUGUAGCAGAAUUAAAUGAGGUCUGCCAAGGUGAGGACAGUGUGUCAACAUUUGGUACAAGGACAUAUUUACAGCCCAUGGAUACACGCCAGUAUUUAUACUGCCUUAAACCCAAGCAGGAGUUUGCAGAGAAAGCUGGAGUUAUUAAAGGCGUAACAGUUAUUGGGAAACUUGACAUAGUCUGGAAGACAAACCUGGGUGAAAGGGGGAGGCUGCAAACCAGUCAACUCCAAAGGAUGGCCCCAGGCUAUGGUGAUGUGAGGCUUUCAUUGGAAACCAUACCAGACACAGUAAACCUGGAAGAACCAUUUGAUAUUACAUGUAAAAUAACAAACUGCAGCAGUGAAAGGACCAUGGAUCUGGUUUUGGAAAUGUGCAAUACUAAUUCCAUUCACUGGUGUGGAGUGUCAGGAAGGCAGCUGGGCAAGCUGCACCCGACCUCAUCCCUACACUUGACACUUACACUGCUGUCGUCUGUACAAGGACUACAGAGCGUCUCUGGCUUGAGAUUAACAGAUACCUUUUUGAAGAGAACAUAUGAGUAUGAUGAUAUUGCGCAAGUCUGUGUGGUUUCUUCAAAAAUACAAGAAAACUGAAAUAAUUCUUCUGUUUUAAUAUUUCCUGUUUGGGAUAUGUGGACCAACUAUCUGAAAACAACAUGACUAAGCCAAACGGUAUCCAUCUGUAAGGGGGUAGUGCUGGAGAUACUUCCCAAUUUAACUGUACCUCUGGAGGUCAUUCUGGCAUCUUGUUUUAAAAAAAAACACUUGUAAAGAGCAAACCAUCUGUAUUUUAAUCUAUUUUCAAAAUAAAGUAGUUAAAUUAUGUAAUUGCCUUAAUAGUAUCACAUUUCCAUAGAGCUCAGUUCAGGGGCUUUGUAAUGUGAUUUGCAGUACAUGGAUCAAUUCUGAAUGCUUACAUUUCUUGUAACUCUGUGCAAGUUAAGAAACACAAACUUGUGUUACUGGAGAAGCAACAGUAACCUGUCAGCUACCCCUUGGUCAUACAUUUUAAGACUGGAUAUUGUAAACUUAGGAACAAUAUUGUACAGGUGCUUUUGUGAUAAAUACACUGGGGAUUUAAUUCUAUGUGCGUAAUAAGAUGUGGGAAGCCAGUGGUUUUAAAGAAGGAACAGGCAAGUGGCACCAUUCGGAACACAAGCUCUGAAACAGAGUAUGGUCACCAAGCAGAUACUUCGGGGAAGCUGAAAAGCAGGAUGUUAAGCGUUGGCCAGUCCCGCUGUUGGUCUCCAUGCUGCUAAGUAUCGGUUGCUGUAAUCUCUACACCUGGAGGCUACUAGCUACUUAUUAUGACUAGUGACUUUGAUCUGCAGAUCCUUGAUGAAUUUGCUUCAUGUUGAUGUAAAGCCAUUUAAGCUACUUAGUGGCCAUGAUCACAGACCAGUCGAAAGUUCCAGACUUUGCAUAUUGAGUGAAGAAACACUUUUUUCCUGUAUUCUUUUGCUUGCUUUGUACUGUACUUUCUGGGUGGAUAUACACAUUAACAUGAAAUAUAAUAGAGAAUUCCUGUUGCACAUUCCUUAUUUUACUAGGUGACUUUGGUGAUGCUAUAUUGUAGCACCAUCUUGUGGCACUCCCUGUCAGAGGAGAUAUGCCUGGCUAUUUCCUAACCAGUGUUUGCCAGUAAAUGAAAAUAUUUCAAUAUCCAAAGGCAUUAAUGCUUAACAGCAACAAAGGGCAAAACAUUUUCUACCUAAGUAUUGAUUGAAGAUUUUUUUGCUGCUUUUGCACCCUGUGGUUUUCCAGUUUGUUGUGUGCAAUCUUGUCAGUUUUUAGGGUUCUGAUUUUUUGUGUUAACUAUUAUUGCAAUUUCAGUAACCUUGGGUAGAAAAGCAACUGAUUUAUAGUAGAUGAAUAAGCACUGAAUGGAAGUGGUCUACCUUACACUAGGUGACAAAAUUUGCAAACAUUUGAGAAUUGGCCUUCUCUUAGUAAGUUAGAAAUUAGGUAAACUAAAUUUGCCACUGCUUUUCAACUGGAUAGAGGCAAACAGAAUUGCAUAUUGUGUGAAGAAGGUGGAGGCAAAAGUUUUCUCCUGCUCCCAUUAUACUAGAACUUGGGGUCAUCCAAUGAAGCUGACUGGUGGGAGAUUCAGGACAGAUAAAAGGAAGUAUGUCCCAAUAGUCAUAGCUGAUGGAAGGUCCUUGGCUCCACUUGGGUGGAUUGCUUAAUCCCAUCCAUCCCAAAAGUCCAUACAUUUAUUUUUGUGUCUAGAAUGGAUUAUCUCAGUCUGCACAAAAGCUGGGUAGCCUAAUUGAAGGAAUGUCUGCUGAUAAAAAUUUGCUGGAAAAACAAGCAGCUUAAUAGAAUUGGUGAGAGAAACUACUGAAAAUUCAGAUUUUCAUAGGUUUUUUUUAAAAGAUGUGCUAUCCUUGAUUUGCUGAAAAUACAGUAGAAAAAAUUCCAAAGAAUGUUUCUCAAAUAUCAUGCAUUUGAUGUCUAAAUGGUUUUAUAUUUUGGCUAGUCAUGAUAGCUAUGUAUCACCACAGUAUCAAAGGCAGCAUGCCUCUAUGUAACAGUUGGUAGAGAACAUGAGUGGGAGGAUGCUAUUUUCUCAUGUCCUAUUUGUGGGCUUCCUGCAGCCAGCUAGUUGGCCACUAUGCGAACAGAAUGCAGACUAAAUAAUGCAGACUUUGGUUUGAUCCAGCAUGGCACUUGAGAGUUGGGAACAGCAAUGUUUAAACAGCAGGCCCUGCAGACACUACAGGUUCAAAGUGGCUUCUGAUACUUCCCCCCAACUUUGGGAUUUGUAAAUGAGAUGUUACAGGUGCAGUGAAAACCAAGGUCAUUUUGUUAAACUCUGAAGACAUUUGUAUGAGGCUAAAAUAUGUCAAUUUUUUCGUAUUGGGUUAUGUUUUUAAUGUUGGGUACAAUGCCUUGGCAUCCCUUGCAAAUAAAUGUUUAUAAAUUUUAGAAAUAAACUAAAUUGAGCAGUUCAAAAUCAGCUAGCACUUAGAUAUCAGUCUUAGACAUCUUUUGCCCUCUGACAUGUUGUCAUUCCUUGUACAAAGUAAAAUAGUUUUUGAUUUUAUACAAACUGAAGAACCCUUACCAAAACAUUAAAAUCUGUGAAGUACACUGA